AUGUCGCCUGCCAAAGCAUUUGUUGGAGUUGGAUCAGUUGCUGCUGCUGAUCGGGCGGCAGGGAACUCAGUUGCUCCUGAGUUAAGCUCAGGACUUGCUGAAGCAAGAGUCUCUUCUGCUCUUGGGGCUUGUCUUCCUGGUAUAUUGGAAGUUGGGAAUCGUGUGACUAUAUUUACUGCCCGUGAAGAUGGUAGGGCUUGUGAACCAUUCAAUUUCACCAAUUUUGAUGCUCUAUUGACUUGGUCCAUGGUGUCACUCACAACUCUCGACUGCCCAAUGACAACUGAACCACGUCCUUUCAAAUCCAUAUUUUCCAGCAUGCAGUCACAGCAACUGAGUCCCCCAUUGGCUGAUGAAGACUGGAUUGUCCAGCUGGACCGCCCAAUUGUUUUAAAGGAUCUGCAGCAAAGCCUUCCAAAAUCACAUCAUAUUGGCAUCAAAUACUUUCCUUCUGCACAUCAGAAAACCAGUGAGGAAAAUGUAAAUGUGGGUAAGAGGUAG